AUGAUCGUCGCCCGCGAUCGCAGCAAAUUCCUGAAAAUCUUCCGUGAGCAUGGAGGGAUCAUGACCAUCAUCCACGAUCUCGGCCCCCAGGGACACCUCGGGGCUAUAGCACUACACCACUACACCACUACACGACUACACCACUACACCACUACACCACUACACCACUAUACCACUACACCACUACAACACUACACCACUACACCACUACACCACUACACCACUACACCACUACACCACUACACCACUACACCACUACACCACUACACCACUACACCACUACACCACUACACCACUACACCACUACACCACUACACGACUACACCACUACACCACUACACCACUACACCACUACACCACUACACCACUACAACACUACACCACUACACCACUACACCACUACACCACUACAACACUACACCACUACACCACUACACCACUACACCACUACAACACUACACCACUACACCACUACACCACUACACCACUACACCACUACACCACUACACCACUACACCACUACACCACUACACCACUACACCACUACACCACUACACCACUACACCACUACACCACUACACCACUACACCACUACACCACUACACCACUACACCACUACACCACUACAACACUACACCACUACACCACUACACCACUACACCACUACACCACUACACCACUACACCACUACACCACUACACCACUACACCACUACAACACUACACCACUACACCACUACACCACUACACCACUACACCACUACACCACUACACCACUACACGACUACACCACUACACCACUACACCACUACACCACUAUACCACUACACCACUACAACACUACACCACUACACCACUACACCACUACAACACUACACCACUACACCACUACACCACUACACCACUACACCACUACACCACUACACCACUACACCACUACACCACUACACCACUACACCACUACACCACUACACCACUACACCACUACACCACUACACCACUACACCACUACACCACUACACCACUACACCACUACACCACAACACCACCCGACUACACCACGGGAUAG